AUGAUCAUCUACAAGGAUAAAUUGACCGGUGACGAGCUCCUGUCCGACGCCUUCAAGAUCCAGGACAACGGCGUCCUGUGGGAGGUCAACUGCCGCAAAUACCCCAAGGGCAAGGACAGCUUCGUCCUCGAGGGAGCCAACCCUUCCGCCGAGGGCGAAGAUGACGCAGGUGGUGAUGAUAGCGGCCCCGCCGUCAUGGUCCACGACAUCGAGGAGAACUUUCAGCUCAACUGGCUGAAGCCAGACGAGGACGGCAACGAUCCAAAGCCCAGCAAGGAUGCCUUCAAGGCCCAGAUCAAGAGCUACAUCAAGAAAUUGAACAACAAGCUCAAGGCCGAUGGCAAGAGUGAAGACGAGAUCAAGGCCUUCCAGGCCGGAGCUGCCCCUGCCAUGAAGAAGAUCAUUGCCAACUACGACAACUACGACAUCAUGAUGGGCAGCUCCAUGAGCGCUGAGGGAAUGUACGUCCUCAUUGACUUCCGCGAAGACGGAAUCACCCCCUUCGCCACCUACUGGAAGGACGGCCUGGUCGAGGAGAAGGUCUAA